ACAGACUCAAAAGUUCCAACCCAGAAGGAUUCAUUUAGCGUGGCUAUUAAUUAAAUCCACCCUCCGUUAUUCUCCUCUUUCUCAGGUGCCUCAUCCCUGAAGAAGCCGCGAAGCUCCUUCUACAUUUUCCGCGGCCGCCAUCCUCCUCCAUGUACCUAAAGGAGCGGGCUUUGUCUGAUUAGAGGGAUGGUGAAGUUUACCGGAUAUUCUUUGAUUACUUCAUUUACUCCAUUUCCUUCUAUUAUUCUUAAAAACCAUCACAGAUUACAAUUAAAUUUAUGUUACAAGAAUUCAACUAAGUCAAGAAGCCUGUCUAUUUGUACUCAAAAGCGUCAACUGCAUGCAAAAGCUGGGAUGGGUGCAGGGCAAUAUCUUCCUCCGUUGUUUAGUGUUGCUCCAAUGAUGGACUGGACGGAUAAUCAUUAUAGGACCCUUGCCCGGCUCAUAUCAAAACAUUCUUGGCUUUAUACAGAGAUGCUUGCAGCUGAAACAAUUGUCUAUCAACAGGGAAAUUUGGACAGGUUUUUGGCAUAUUCUCCUCAACAACAUCCCAUUGUCCUGCAAAUUGGUGGAAGUAAUUUGGACAACCUGGCAAAAGCAACUGAACUUGCUACUGCUUAUGGCUAUGAUGAGAUUAACUUCAAUUGCGGUUGUCCUAGUCCAAGAGUAGCUGGUCAUGGAUGCUUUGGUGUUCGUCUUAUGCUUGAUCCAAAGUUUGUUGGUGAAGCUAUGUCAGUGAUUGCAGCCAACACAAAUGUUCCUGUUAGUGUUAAAUGCCGAAUUGGAGUAGAUGAUCAUGAUUCAUACAAUGAGCUAUGUGAUUUUAUCUAUAAGGUUUCUUCUCUAUCCCCAACUGAGCAUUUUAUAAUACAUUCACGGAAAGCUCUGCUCAAUGGCAUCAGUCCAGCUGAAAACCGGAGAAUUCCUCCCAUAAAAUAUGAGUACUACUUUGCCCUCUUGCGUGACUUUCCAAAUUUGAAAUUUACAAUAAAUGGAGGCAUAAAUUGUAUUGAUGAGGUAAAUUCGGCACUGAAGGAAGGAGCACAUGGUGUAAUGGUUGGGCGUGCUGCCUACAAUAAUCCUUGGAGUGUUCUGGGACAUGUUGAUUCUGAAAUUUAUGGCGCUCCAAGGAGCGGUCUUACACGUCGUCAGGUCCUUGAACAGUAUCAAAUAUAUGGGGAUGGCAUUCUGGGAACAUAUGGAAAUAAUAGACCCAAUGUCAGGGAUGUAAUAAAGCCUUUGCUUGGUUUUUUCUAUUCUGAGCCUGGAAAUGGUUUGUGGAAGCGCAAAGCUGAUGCUGCUUUCCAGCAUUGCACAACAAUCAAAUCCUUUUUUAAGGAAACUUUGGUAGCGAUUCCCGACACCGUUUUGGAUUCACCAAUUACAGAGGCACCGGCUGGUCGUCAAGAUCUUUUUGCCAAUACUAAGGGGUUGCUCCCACCACCAUAUGAAAGAAGAGAACAGGAAGUAGCAUAUGCUUAGUCCCUACUUGGAUCUGCCUUUAACUGUAUGAAUGUAUUCCAUUUUAUGACCACACAUAUUCAUUGCAAUUCUUUGAACAACCUGAUCAAUUAGUUUUAACAUUUUAUGUCAAGUAUACUAGGGGAUAUUCAGAGCAUUUACACCCUUAGAUGGUGGGAAAAAUAACUAGAAAUGUAUCUCCAAAUGCAAUUAGGAUAGGAUACUCAAAUUGCAAAAUGGUGAAGUUAUAAAUGUAUGACAUGUAUCUAAUCCUUGUCUUGCUGAAUUUUUAAGCUGAAUUUGUAAACGUGUAACAUACUGAAUUAUUUAUUAGUUACACUGUUAACUUGCACA